AUGGCAUCGCGCGCUAACCGCCGUCGUACCGCCCGCAAACGGUCCAACAGUAUGAACACCAAGGCCAGCGCGUCCGCCCAACGCCGACAAAUCGCCAUGUCUCAGCAUGUGCAGCACUCUGUAGCCCCAGCGCUCUUUGCCAACAACUCCUCUGUCUUUUCUCGUUUUGCCGCCGUGUUUUCCCGCGUUAGGGCUGCUCAACAGAAGCAUCAGCAAGAGGCUCCAGCUCAAAUGGAGAAGCAGCCUGAGUUCGUUGAGCCAACUGUGGAGUCGGCUCUCCACAAAUCGUGCAAUGGACACCGUCUCAUCUCUUACGACGAUCUCCCUGCUCCAUGGCGCGCCACUCCGCUCAUUACCUCAGGCUAUCGAUUCAUUCCACGAGAACGCUUGGCCGCCCUCCUACUCUCCAUGUUUGCCCUUCAUAACGAGUUUCUCAACAUUCACACCCAUGUGGCCACAUUUGUCUGGACGUGCUGGAACGUUUACCCCACUAAAGACCUUGGCGAGACCAUCGUCUUCGUCGCAGUGCUCUUUUGUCUUGCUGCAAGUGUUAUCGGCCACCUGAUGUCCGGUUGCGCGCAUCAAGGGACGAUGCAAAUGUGUGGUCGGAUAGACUACAUUGGAAUUGUGUGGCUCAUCUGUGCAUGCAACGCGUCGCUCGUCUUCUACGGCUAUGCGUCGUACCCUAGCAUCGCCUAUCCGUCACUGGGGGUGUCUCUCCUCAUGGCGGUGGCGGGCAGCACGCUUCCCAUGAUGUCCUGGUUUAAUGCGCACGAGUACCGCCGCUGGCGAAUUUUGUUCUUCAUGAGCCUCGAAGUCCUCGCCAUCACGCCCAUCGCCGGCAUCUGGCUGCUUUUUGGCCUCCAAGGCAUGAAGGAAUUCCUCUCCCCCUUCUUGCGGUCCAUCCUCCUCAGCACGCUCGGCAUCGUGUUCUACUCCAACCACCUUCCCGAGCGCUUCCUCGACCCUAGUGGCAAGGUCGCUCGCGCUUUCAAUUCGAUUGGCCUCGGGUCCCAUGCGAUUUGGCAUGUGUUGAGCGUGCUGAGCAUCGUAGAAUGGAGGAACGCGUUAGCGGUUGUGCGGUACAGCUUCGCGAACAGACCCGUGGCGGCUUAG